UAGGUCCGUCAGUCUGUCGUAACGUGGCGGCGCUGCGCUCGUGUGUGCCGCAGGAGUGGCCUGAACUGUCAGUUUAUGUAGUUUUCUGUGAUAAGAAUUACUGUGAAAUUAUAGUUUAGCUUACUUAUUAAUAAAAAAUAGCACGAUGUCCGCGUCAGGUGAAUUCGGUAAUCCUUUGCGCAAGUUUAAAUUGGUUUUUCUCGGUGAACAGAGCGUGGGAAAAACAUCACUCAUCACAAGGUUCAUGUAUGAUAGUUUCGACAAUACUUACCAGGCGACAAUCGGUAUAGAUUUCCUGUCGAAAACAAUGUACCUAGAGGACCGUACAGUGAGACUGCAACUGUGGGACACCGCAGGCCAGGAGAGAUUCCGAUCCCUCAUACCUUCGUAUAUUAGAGAUUCAACUGUCGCCGUUGUAGUAUAUGAUAUUACCAAUGCGAAUUCAUUCCACCAAACGUCGAAAUGGAUCGACGACGUGCGCACCGAGCGGGGCUCUGACGUCAUCAUCAUGCUGGUCGGCAACAAGACGGACCUGUCGGACAAGCGGCAGGUGUCCACGGAGGAGGGCGACAGGAAGGCGAAGGAGCUCAACGUGAUGUUCAUAGAGACCAGCGCCAAGGCUGGAUACAAUGUUAAACAGUUAUUCCGACGGGUAGCAGCCGCGCUUCCCGGAAUGGAUUCAGCUGAAAGCAAGCCUCCCGAAGACACUGUGGACCUGCAGACCCAGUCACCGAUGGGCUCGGAGCAGGAGGGCAACGAGAGCGGCUGCGUGUGCUGAGCAGCCUCCAGCAUCUGUGCCUACUUACGUUUUGUAUCUUUGUAUGUGACGCUCCCCGCUUAUGUGACCCGUUACUCACUUAGAUUUCGAACGCACAGUUUUGCGUUACCCCCAUUGUAGAACGGACGAACUGCGGCAGUGGACUGGAGAAUUUCUUAAUACUAUCCUAUUGGGGACCCCAAAAUACAGGCUGGGAAAUUACGGUCCAAACGUGACAUGUUUGUACCUAACCUACAAAAUGUUCAAUAAAUGGGGAGGCCUUUGCCCAGAAUUGGAACACAACAGUCUACUACAAUACAAAAAUCCUGAUUUGAGCAAGAGAAUUGAUAGUUUUAAGAAAUUCUUUGGUGCCUGCCGCUUCGACUUGUAGAAUCAUAAAUGACGGAUGCGUAAAACGAAACAGGGACACAGUACGCUGCAUCUGCAAUAUUGGCCGCGGUUUAUGAUUCUAAUCACGGUUUCAGGUUCUAACUUAUUUUUUAAGGCAAAUUGUGAUUUCCAAACGCUUUGGAUGACGUUGCAAGAGUAAGCAAUUAUUAUUCGUACUUUUUUGCAUAGAAACAAGGAAUCUAAAACAAAACGAUUGGAAGUUCACAAUACUCGACUGUCUUCGUGUCUAUUUCGUUGUCUUAUGUUUUAAACAGUAUUAUUUUUGUAGAGAUGGCGCUGAUUAUGAUUUGGGUGGCACAAGGGUUCGGUAUCAGGCGGGGUACGGUUGUGAAAUGAAUUUAUGUAUUGGACUGAUUGUAAAAGAAUUUAUGAUAUUGGCAGUUUUUAAUUGAGUUUCAAUACGCACUAUUUUAUUAUGGAGUUUCGCUUUUAGAAUGUGUUAUUCUAAAAGCGAAUCUUUGAGACUUCUUUGUAAUCAUGCUACAUUCUUUUCGUAGCAAUGACCAUUUUAUGGCAAAUGAAGCCUGGUUAUUGUCUUACUCCCUAUUCGAGUUAUUUGUCAUGCGAUUUUCUAAUUUGAUGUGUCGCUUCUAAGACAGGCUUUAUCACAAUCAUGAGUAAUUUGUCUUCAUGGUUUACGAAAAUCUGUAACAUUUUUAUUGAGAGGUGCUCAACAUUUAUUUCAAUGAACUUGAAAUAUAAUUGUAUAUUUGUGUAACUUUAUAUUUUAUGGUGUGACUAAAAUUGUUUAAUUAUUUAAUUGAAUUGAUAUAAAGCUUUCGGAGCUGCGCGCGGCUUAUAUUAUGUCUUAUUUUUUUUUAUAUAUUUAUUUAUAAUUAAAAACCUUAGCCCGCCUGAUAGCAAGAACAUCUUUGUAAAUAGUUUGUUGUAUUAUUUAAAUUUUAACACAUCAAUCGCAACGAUCUCUACAGAAUACCUAAGACUUUUAUAUUAUAUCUAGGUAAUUAUUAGGCAUUUCUUCUUCUAGAUUUAUAUUUAAGCACAACUAGUUGAUUUAUUUACUCUCGAUACUUAGGGCAAAGCCGGUCAUUUGUAGGUUUUUCGAUUAAUAUGAAAAUCAAGUUAGCUCUCACUGCCGAUAUCAAAUUUUUGGAUUAAUAUGAAUAGUGCCUAGUGCUGAGACAAUUUUUGAAUUAUUUCACAUCGAUAAAAAUAGAAUUACAUCAAUUCGGCUAAAAUGUGUUAAAUCAAUUACACAAUAAAAUAAAACAGCUGUGGGAUAGAUUACAUAAGUAAUAAAAAGGCAUUCGUUGGCCUACUCGUGUUAAACGAAAAAUCAAAUCUUAUGUAAGCUUGACUUCUCUGUUGGUUUAACCAAAUCAAAUGAAGGGUCUGUGAAGGUUUUUGCGUAAUAAGCGAAAUAGAUAAUUUUCAUCGAUGAUAAUUUCAAAAAUUGGCUCGGUCGGUUCGUUAGUACGGUUAUAAGUAGUACCCACAUCAGGUUGGAAUACAUUUUAUAGUAUUUUGUAUGCAAUUGUUAGUAAAUUGUAACUUACGUUCGUGAUCGCGCAACGUGCUUAGCUUUCAUCAAUAGAAUAUUGUUUUUCAUUAUUCAAAAUUAGCAUAAUGUUCCGGAUAUUAAAUGCAUUUUAAUUA